AUGCAUGCAUAUGCGUGUCCUCAGGUAAUAAGAUUAUCUGCUGCCACCCAGAACUACACUGAGUCCAUCAUCUGUAAUGUUCACGGUGUUAAUCCAAAAUUCCUUGAGAUUGGCGAGAAAAAGAGGGAGCAACAACAGAAGGGAGACAAGGCCUUUACCAAAGGUGCCUACUUUAUUGGGAAGAUGAUAUGGAACAAAGGCUACAAGGAAUUGCUCCAACUUCUUAAAGAUCAUCAAAAGGAAUUAUCUGCUCUCGAGGUUGAUUUAUUUGGUAGUGGAGAGGACUCAAAUGAAGUUCACAAAGCUGCAGAAAAGUUGCAACUGACAGUUAGAGUUCACCCAGCUCGGGAUCAUGCUGAUGCUCUAUUCCACGAGUAA